AUGUCUCCUUUUUCCAUCCCUAUCUUCUUUUCCAGAAGGAGCGCAGGCUCUGUUGAAACACAAAAUCUGACAUGUGUCCUAGAAUUCCAUCUCGUGGGCUUCUCAGAGGAUCCAGCCCUGCAGUCCCUCCUGUUUGGGCUGUUCCUGUCCAUGUACCUGGUCACGGUGCUCGGGAAUCUGCUCAUCAUCCUGCUCAUCAUCUCUGACACCCAUCUGCACACCCCCAUGUACUUUUUCCUCUGCAACUUGUCCUUGGCUGACAUGGGUUUCACCUCCACCACGGUUCCUAAGAUGAUUGUGGACAUCCACACUCAUAGCACAGUCAUCUCCUAUAUGGGCUGCCUGACACAGAUGUCUCUCUUUCUCAUCUGUGGAUGCAUGGAUGAUUUGAUUUUGACCGUGAUGGCCUAUGACCGGUUUGUCGCCAUCUGUCACCCCCUGCAUUACCAGGUCAUCAUGAACCCCCGCUGCUGUGGUUUCUUGGUUUCAGUGUCUUUUGUGGCCAGUCUUUUCGAUUCCCUGCUGCACAACUUGAUAUUAUUACCAGUUACCUGCUUCAAGGCAGUUGAAAUUUCUAAUUUCUUCUGUGACCCUUCUCAGCUUCUCAAUCUUACGUGCGAUGACACCUUCAACCAUGACAUAGUCAUAUAUCUUAUUGGUAUCGUAUUUGGGUUUUUCCCUAUCUCAGGGAUCCUCUUCUCUUACUAUAAAAUUGUGUCCUCCAUUCUGAGAGUCCCAUCCCCAGACGGGAAGUACAAAGCCUUCUCCACCUGUGGCUCUCACCUGUUGGUUGUUUGCUUACUUUAUGGAUCAGGUUUUGGAGUGUAUCUCAGUGCAUCCUUCUCCACCUCUUCCAGGAAGAGUGCUGUGGCCUCACUGAUGUACACCCUGGUCACCCCUAUGUUGAACCCCUUCAUCUACAGCCUGAGGAACAGGGACAUCAAGAGAGCUCUUCAGAGAAUUGUCAACAGAAUAACCUAA